UGGAGCCGGGUGCGCGGGGGCCCGACCUGCUAUAUCUGCGCCUGCGCGGCCCGGACGGCCGGGCCAGUCGGGACGGAGGAGACAAGAUGGCGCUGCGGGCGAUGCGGGGAAUCGUGAACGGGGCCGCACCCGAGCUACCGGUGCCCACCAGUGGGCCGGUGGCGGGAGCUCGGGAGCAGGUGAUGGCAGCGAGCCGGAACUACCUCUCCCAGCCUCGCCUCACAUACAAGACAGUGUCAGGAGUGAAUGGUCCACUAGUCAUCUUAGAUCAUGUGAAGUUUCCCAGAUAUGCUGAAAUUGUUCACUUGACAUUACCAGAUGGCACAAAGAGAAGUGGGCAAGUUCUAGAAGUUAGUGGUUCCAAAGCAGUAGUUCAGGUAUUUGAAGGUACUUCAGGUAUAGAUGCCAAGAAAACAUCUUGUGAGUUUACUGGGGAUAUUCUCCGAACUCCGGUGUCUGAGGAUAUGCUUGGUCGAGUGUUCAAUGGAUCAGGAAAGCCCAUUGACAGAGGUCCUGUGGUGCUGGCUGAAGACUUCCUUGAUAUCAUGGGUCAGCCAAUCAAUCCUCAGUGUCGGAUCUAUCCAGAGGAGAUGAUUCAGACUGGCAUUUCUGCCAUUGAUGGCAUGAACAGUAUUGCUAGAGGGCAGAAAAUUCCUAUCUUCUCUGCUGCAGGGUUACCACACAAUGAGAUUGCAGCUCAAAUCUGCCGCCAGGCAGGUUUGGUAAAGAAAUCCAAAGAUGUGAUGGAUUAUAGCGAGGAAAAUUUUGCAAUUGUAUUUGCUGCUAUGGGUGUAAACAUGGAAACUGCCCGGUUCUUCAAAUCUGACUUUGAGGAAAAUGGCUCAAUGGACAACGUCUGCCUCUUUUUGAACCUGGCUAAUGACCCAACUAUCGAGCGCAUUAUCACUCCUCGCCUGGCUCUGACCACCGCUGAGUUUCUGGCUUACCAAUGUGAGAAACAUGUACUGGUUAUCCUGACGGACAUGAGCUCUUACGCUGAAGCACUUCGAGAGGUUUCAGCAGCCAGAGAAGAGGUCCCUGGUCGACGAGGUUUCCCAGGCUACAUGUAUACAGAUUUAGCCACGAUAUAUGAACGUGCUGGCCGAGUGGAAGGGAGAAAUGGCUCUAUCACUCAGAUCCCCAUUCUCACCAUGCCCAAUGAUGAUAUCACUCACCCCAUCCCUGACCUGACAGGGUAUAUUACUGAGGGGCAGAUCUACGUGGACAGACAGCUGCACAACAGACAGAUUUACCCUCCUAUUAAUGUGCUGCCCUCACUCUCACGGUUAAUGAAGUCUGCUAUUGGAGAAGGAAUGACCAGAAAGGACCAUGCCGAUGUGUCUAACCAGCUGUAUGCAUGCUACGCCAUUGGCAAGGAUGUACAAGCCAUGAAAGCCGUAGUAGGAGAAGAAGCCCUUACCUCGGAUGAUCUUCUUUACUUGGAAUUUCUGCAGAAGUUUGAGAGAAACUUUAUUUCUCAGGGUCCUUAUGAAAACCGCACUGUCUUUGAGACUUUGGACAUUGGCUGGCAGCUGCUCCGAAUCUUCCCCAAGGAAAUGCUGAAGAGAAUCCCUCAGAGCACCCUGAGCGAGUUUUACCCUCGAGACUCCGCAAAGCACUAGCUGCUGCUGCUGUGGUGUGCGUGGCCUCUUGUGACGUACUGGGUCUGUUUUCCUGGUUCUUUUUGCACUCCUCCAUGCCCACCUCAGUGUGGGGGGUUUACCUGUUGCCCUGUAAUUAAACAUGAAGACUAGGUAACGUAUUGUGCCAGUGUUGCAAUGUUUUAAACUGCUACAGACUUUAAAAUCUCCCUGUUCAGAGACCCCUCAGUGCUUUGUUUGAAGUAGCUGCAGGGCUGGAGCUGGAGUUUUCUUCUUGAUGUAUGUAUUUGUAUAUAGUGGUAUAGUGAGUUGCCGAAUAAUGUCCUUGUCGUUUGGGUUAUCCAGACCUUACCUGUCAGCCCCUUCAAGAGUAUCAUUAUCGUGAAGUUAAAAUACUUUGCUCUUAAAUUCAGCGGCAAGAUCUGGUCUAGAAGAAGAGCCAAGAUCUUUCCUGGGCAUUUAUUUCUUUGGGGUGUUGCUGUGCCCGUGGCUCUGCUCUGCUCCAGGCAAAUGGAUUUUGCUGUGCGCUUGCCGUCUGCUGUGUGAGGGAAGGAGUUUCUUUUCUUUCGUUACCUGCACAGCAUCCUUCUGCCUUUGAGUAGCACAGAAUCAUGGGGCUUUACACAGCUGGCAUUCAUCUGAUAGUGGCCCAGUGCUUUGUCCUGGUCAUGGAGCCUGGUGUCCAGGCUGGGAAAUCACAGAAUGAAAAUCACUAGUAGAAUUAUGGCUUGAAAAGAGUUGGGU